AUGGAGACGUAUGCAAACAACCUAAACCCUCUUCAAGAAACCCUUCAUCUUCACCUUCCCCAACUUUUUCCACCUCCCCAUAUAACUUUACCUCUUGAGAAAGACGGUUCCUCGCUAGACAAACCCACCUCUUCUCAUCGCCAAGAAACCAACGUCGACCUCAAAGUCCCCAAACCACCAGAUCCUAAUCAUGAACAAACAGUGUUACCCCCUAUAAGGACGAUCAACCUCAACAACAACAACGUGGGCCAGAUAUUUCAGCUGGAGGAGGAGGACAUCUGGCUUACACUAGUUAAGAGGGUUUUUUUAGCAAUAGAAAGGUUUCUGCUCCGAAGGAUGUCCACCUUCAGUCUAGCAGUGACGGUGAGAGCAGACCCACCCUUAGAAACACAGNCAAUAGAAAGGUUUCUGCUCCGAAGGAUGUCCACCUUCAGUCUAGCAGUGACGGUGAGAGCAGACCCACCCUUAGAAACACAGAGGAGGGAGGUCAUGAGAACAACAGGCAUUAACCCAACUCUCCUUUCCUUUUUCCUGAAUAUGUCUUCCAUAAAGAAACUUUCCUGA